GCUGCCCCAGGCGGGAGAGGAAAACUUCCAAGGUUUUAUUCUGCGAAUGUGUCUCUAGUUCUAUAUACACUCAAUGUUUGCAAAACUAGUGUACUUCUGUUGUGCCAGUUAAACUGUCAGGACACAAAGAGAAGAAGUGUUUGUCAUGAAAAAGUAUUUUGGUACGCUGUAUGAGGCAUACUUCGCUGGACUGGCAAAUACCAGACUUUGGAGAAGGACUACAACAUUUGGACGUGAACAGGCCUUCAAUGAAGCGCAUUAAAAAGCCGACAGAGCUCCUGCUGCAGGCAACAAAUAAAGUUGGACUCCUCGCUCCAAAGGUCCUCAGCCGUGGGGAACACAAACAACAACUCUGACAUACAACAAGCAAUGGCAACAAAGGAGACGCUGCAGAAAACCUCCAAGGAAGUUUAUUUUCGUGUCCUGCCAGAUAAAUAUGAGCCUUUGAUCGAGGAUGAAGGAAUCGACGAAACAUCGGAGGAAAGGUUGAGGAGGAAGGAGAAGAGGAAGAGGAAGAGGAAGAAGUACAGGAGGAACCUGAAGAAGGCCUGCAGUUUCACAUGGCGCUGCCUGGUGUCCGGCCUGCAGAGCCUGGCUGCCUCCUACGCCAUGCCGCUCUCAACUGUGGCAGUGGUGAUGGAGAAUCAGCGAGCAAUGUCCAGCAAAGCAUGAUGAGACCGAGAAUGGAGCUUCACUGUGACUUGUCCUCCUGUCAAAUUAUAAGUUUGUAAAAUUUUGUUGGUUGUUUUUUUUACUUUCUUUGUCGCAAUUGUGUUUGUCAUAACAGUAAAAUGAUUUGCAUGAAGUUGUCUGGCAUUUGUUUCUUGAUUUUUUUAGUCAAUUCUAGGAAAUUAGUCUUAAAUGUUUAUAGCCUUGUGAUCUCAAUUCUUCUUUCAUGCUUGUCCAGCCCAUGUUGCCUUCAUCAAUGCUUUGUCUUGUAUU